AUGGAUGACGGGGAACGGUUCCAAUGCCUGUACAAUGCCUUGCUCACCGACAACUCCCGUCGGAUUGAGCAUCUUAUGCAUCGAAUACACGAGGCAUCAGAAGAUGUUCAUAUUCACCGUCAAGCGAUUGCGGCUGUGAUGACAUUCGGAACGAAAUCUCCACAUUAUGCUUCCUAUCUUCACAAAAUCGGCGCCUUCAUCCCCAUUGAUAUGUACAGACAGGAACGUGUGAAUAUCCUGGCCCACAUCCCAGACUGGAUCAAACAGCAGAAAAAACUUCAUGCUAAGUGUGUUCUCACUAUCACAUCAGCCAUCACCGAUGAGAAUCCAUAUUCGUAUUCCGAAGCGAAGAGAACUCUUGGAGCCAUGAUUUUGCCUCUGGCGCACUCAUGCGUUCACAAUCAACUUGAUCCUUACAUCACUGACCGGCAACGAAUCGAUAUUCUGAGAUAUUUAGAGAAGUACGUGAAACCAGAUUGGAGUGAUGAGCAACUGCGAAAUGUCGACAGCACCUUCUACACGCUUGCUAAAAGAGUACAAGUACACGAUUUUCCGGAACUCAUGGAAACCGUGUUCGCAUCGAAAAACUAUUGCUUUCAUUCGAUGCUCGUAGCACUGACACACCUCGUCGAUAGAAACCUUCUGCGUGGCAAAGACGCGAUGAAGUUUAUGAUUAAAAAACAUCAUCUGGAAGAUCGUGAGGAGAUCGGAUUGGUUGGCACGGCAUUGAAGGAGACGAUUGAGGAAGAGUUUUUGUAUGCUCUUGUGAAAACGAUGAACGUCUACAAUAUCGAUCGUCUGUUUCACGAGCUCGUCAAGUCUUGCGCUAUGGAUUGUUCUGUAAUCGAGAAAGUCGCUGAACGGCACAUCAAUCGAUUGAAAACUAUGAUGGCUCAAGCGCCUGCUAACCACGCAUUGAUCUAUCUCACUCGUCAGUGCGCUCUCACAAAAUACUGUGCUCAGGAGAAGAAUGAAGUUUUACAGAAAGCCGUGGAGUUUGGAGAGCAGUUUGUCGAAUUUAUGGAUGAACUACAGAAACGAGUGUUGUGCAAGACUCUGGCAACACUCAGCUUCCCAAAGCGCGAAUGCUCGGUUCAAGGAGGCGACCGACUAUUCGUCUUUCUUUUCAGUAGUCUUAUGGACUAUGUACCAGACGUACCGCAUUACUUCAUCGUGGACGCUGGUUACUACCACAGUGUUCUAUUCUGUCUGCACAACUUGUACAAUCUGGAUUACCGUGAUAGAUUGCGAAUGGAUGCGAUAGACGCAAACUGGAAAGAAAAAAUUACGGUAACCACGGACUGGCACUUCGUGACUUCCCAAAAUCUCAAACACGUUUUUGAUAAGGCUUACAAACGUGGGGAAUUCCUGCGCGCCAGAAGAUUCAGACGACUGCAAAGUACUGUCUGUGAGAAUGGAAAAAUACUUAUCCAUCUUCGUGGGCACCUAAGAGAUGUUGAUCUCCCACUAGUCAUGCCACAUCUGUACGACGAAGUGAUCUUCGCCGAGGAAUUGUACACUACAGCCUUCAACACCCCAUUUAUGAUAUCUUUCACUAAAAUUCCAUUACCCGGAACAACGGUUCUUCGUAGUGAUCCUCCAACGAGACGUGCUGAAAAUGAUGACGAUUCGAGUGAUGAUGAUUCGAGUGAUGACAAUGAAAGUGAUAAUGAGGACAGUGAGAAUGAAGAGGAGGAGAAUCAAUCAGAUGAUGAUAGUGAUAGUACUAAUGAGGACAGUGAACAUGAAGAGGAGGAGCAUCAAUCAGAUGAUGAUGGUGAUAUUGCUAAUGAGGAUAGUGAAAUUGAAGAUGAUGAAAAUGAAGAAGACGGCGACAAUGAGGAAAACCAACCGGACCAUGGUGAUGAUGAUGAUGAUAGGCAUGAAAGCAGUGAGGAUAGCGGAGUGGAUGAACAAGAAGUGCUUAUUCUGGACGUCAACCAUGCUGUCGUUGGCCGAGAUGGAGAAAUCGUUGUGAAUUAUCCAAGAAUGGCGAGAGAACAGGAAGAGAGACUACGCCAAGAAUUCAACGAUCCCGAGGAAGAUAGAGUUUCUCCUGAAUCUGACGAAGAUGAGAAUGGGAGGAAUCCAAGCUGGAGAUGGCUUUAUGCGAGAUAUAAUAUGGACUCAGAUGUGACUGAGGCACUUGACGCCGCUCGAUUGAGAAGAUGGCGUCAGGCAUUUUCGCAUAACGAUGGAAGCAUUGCUCAGUUGAACUUGGUCGAUGGAGUUCUUCACAUCCGUGAAGUUGAAGUGGUGGUUCACGUCUUCUUGUGUUCCAUUCUAGGUCUUACAUUAUGUCCGGAGAUUUACGAACGUAAUUGA